UCACUGCAUGCUUUUAUAUCCUCAUCCUUUCAGACCAUUUCCCCUUAAUUCCUCCAAUACAUGCAUUUUCUCCUCAUUUUACUCACAUAGAACAUCAUUUCACAUCCUCUAUCCAUCUCCGAAGCAAUACACCACAAGACGAGUACAAUCACCCGGACAACAGAAGAGAAAAAAACCACGAUGCCAUCCGCGGACAAUCCCCCUUCUCCCGCUGGAGGAGUAGCAGCAGCAGCAGCAACGACCCCGACCACAUCACGAUCGCGCCAACCGCCGGUCACCGCUCUCCUCAUCUAUCCUCUCACGCUGGUCGUGGGGUCUGUUUUCUCCGUCCUCUCGCCAACCGCCUACGGCAGCCGUGAUCCGAGCGCCAGCGCCAGCAGCAGCAGCAGCCGCCCACUCCAGAACCACCCAUCCCCCUUCGCCCCAACCAUCGCCUCGGACCUGCACCUCUCGUUUCCCGCCGCCGUUCAGCCCGUCAACUAUUUUGCGCGCAAGGACAACGUCUUCAACCUCUACUUCGUGAAGAUCGGCUGGCUCUGGACGACUUUCGCCUUCGUCCUGCUCCUCCUCACCCAAUCCGCCUACACCGGGAGCGGCGGUCGCGGCGCCAGUGGUAACACCAGCGCCGCUGCGGCGCACCGGUCCCGCCGCACGACGCAGGCCGUCAUCCGGUACGCGCUCGCCACCACGGCGUGGUACCUGACGACGCAGUGGUUCUUCGGCCCGGCGCUGAUCGACCGCAGCUUCGUGCUGACGGGCGGGAAGUGCGAGCGGGCGAUCCCCGAGGCCGAGAACCCGUACACCACCACCGACUUCGGGACGCUGGCGACGGCGGUGGCGUGUAAAGGGGCUGGCGGCGCGUGGCGCGGCGGGCACGAUGUCAGUGGACAUGUGUUCAUGUUGGUGUUGAUGACCUCGUUGAUUGGGUUUGAGGUCUGGGGCGCCCGGCUGUCCCGGGAGGAGGUGGGUUCGAAGGAGAAGGAAGAAGGGGAGAAGACGGAUGGACUUGACCAGGGUGGAGAUGCUGAUGGGCAGGAUAUUUUCGGGGUGUGGUCAGUCCGGUUGGCGUGGACGGUCGUAGGCUUGGGGCUGUGGAUGUUGUUGAUGACGGCUAUUUGGUUUCACACUUGGUUUGAGAAGGUAACGGGUCUUUUGAUUGCACUGGCCACGGUUUAUACGAUUUACCUUCUCCCUCGGACCAAUAUCCCGUGGAGGGAGAUUGUGGGGCUCCCUGGAGUUUAGAGGGUUUGGGUUUUAUGAUUUUAUGUUUGUGGCGUUGAUAGAAUGAUGGAUGUUCGAGGAAGGGGAGUUUCCUCGGGCUGUGAUAUACAUACUGUACAUGCUUGCAUUUUUUUGGAGACCGCCUGGUUGACUGAUCUUGUAGAGUACGC